AUGGCGGAGGUGCUGAAGUCGGCGAUUGGGGCGGCAUAUCGAUUGGAUCACGACCUUGGGGCCCCGUUUCAAGGUCAUGCACUUGUCCUUGAGGCCUGGCAGUCGCUCAUUCAAUGCACCUCCGCAAGCCCACCCAGGCAACGCCAUCCCAAGGGUGCUCGCAUUGAUGGCCAGGGAAUCGUGUCACGGAGGUUGACCGGUCAAAAUGGCGUGCCGUUGAUGCGCAAGGUCACAUGUCAGACGCCAACUCUUUUUGCAGAUUCGGAGACGGCUGAAACCUCCUCAACCGACUUGCUGGCCCUCUUGGCGGCCUGGAGAAUUCAUCACGUGAGACGACAUUUCUCCGUUCUCCUGCUCAUUCUCGCCGUUCUUCUCAUCAAAAUCCUUAACAACUUCAUCCGCCGAACCAUCACCACUGCAAUCCCCGAGUCCCUGGUCACCAUCUUCAUUGGUGUGGGCUUUGGAGCCGUGUUCAAGGUCUACGGACACCUGUACUGCUGCACUUGGGCCCUCACACCAACCGUCUUCUUCAUGUACCUCCUGCCCUUCUGCAUCGUCGACGCCUCCUACAACCUCCACAACCGCACCUUCGGCGACUGUAUCGGAGCGAUCAUCGUCUAUGCACUGCUAGCUACUGUCUUGAACAUGAUUCUCAUUGGUUGCCUACUAGUGGCAGGCGAAACUUGGGGCCUCUUCGAGAAGGAGGGUUUGGUUUUCGGCACCCAGGUGAUGAUGCUGUUUGCGUCAGUCAUCGUCGCCGUCGACCCCGUGGCAGUCUUGGCCAUAUUCCAGGAGAUCGGUGUAGACCCGAAUCUCUACUUUCUCGUCCUCGGUGAAUCCCUCUUCAACGACGCCGUAACCGUAGUCCUCUACAACAUUGUGGAGAACUUCCUCGGCAUUGUGAAUGUUACCGCGCAUGACAUCGGCGUUGGAGUGUUGGCAUUCUUCACAAUCAAUACCGGCGCAAUUUUGAUUGGAAUGGUGAUUGGAGUUUUGUCGUGUCUUUUGACAAGGAUUCACACCCAUUUGGAGGUUGUUUUCCUGUUUGUGGCCAACUACUGUGCCUACCUACUUGGUGAUGCCCUAGGAUGGUCUGGUCUGGUCGCGAUGAUUACGUCAGGCAUGAUUCAGCGAAGUUACGCCUUCAACAACCUCAAUCCUCCCGCUGUGGAAACCUGCCGAACUGUGGCCAGAAUGCUGGCCGAGAUCUGUGAGGGGAUGAUUUUCCUCCUCAUUGGCAUUCACGUGACCACGGGAGAGCUCCACUGGCACACCUCGUUCAUCCUAUAUCAGCUCCUCAUCUGUCUGGUAGUCAGGGCUGUGGUGGUGUUUGUGCUCACCUGGGGUCUGAAUCGCUGGAACAUCAACUACGCGCACAUCACCCUCACUGAACAGUUCAUCCUCGCGUACGGCGGUCUGCGUGGAGCCGUUGCGUUGUCCCUCAUCUACAUGGUCGACCCUGAGAAAGUGAACAGAGGACAGAGGGGUGUCCACGCGACCCUGGUGACGGCCACUCUGGUCACGAUCCUCUUCACUGUCGGCGUCAUGGGUCCAACGAUGAAACCGCUGGUCCGACUGCUCCGCGUUAAACUGGCCGACAAGCAGACCAUCAGUCUCAUGCGCGAGCUCAACGAGCGAAUAAUCGAUGAGGUCACCUCGGGCGUGGAAGCUAUCACGGGUCAGGUGGGUAGGAACCGUUUGCGGGCGUGGUUCCAACGCAUCGACGAGAAGUACAUCCGCAAGGUGCUGCAGAACACACCCGAGUUGCACAACCAGAAGAUCAUCAAGGUGUACCAAGACAUGGCCUUGGUGUUGCAUCAGGCGUCGCUGGAUCCUCGCCGGGCUGACCUGAUUAUGACCGACUUACCGACGACGGUGAAGACUGCCUACCACACGCAGAAAUUGGCAGACAAGGUGGAGGACUUACGGCAACUACGGAGAUCCGCGAUGCGUCGGGGAAGUCGAUUUCCACUGGCCACGUCCUACGAAUACCAGCGGAUGAUAGAGAGGAAGCGGCUGGAGGUGCUGGAGCUAACGGCGGAGGACAUCACCACGAAGGCCAGACGCUACGACCAUGCCAACCGCAGACCCAUGGCGAUUGUCAUUCCCAAGACCGUGGAACCCAAAGCGUCCGAAUCGAACAAGUCAAAGGGUCUUUCUUGUUUUAAAUUUAAGUUCAAUUUCGGUGGUUCGAAGAGCGAGAAGGAAGGAAAGUCGCCACGUCCAUCCGUGUAA